GUCAGUGGUGAACAAAAGCUUUGAGUGGGGAGUUUCUGGGGGCAUUUUUGCACAAUUUUCUCGUCAAAUUUCCCGUGGAUUAGCUAGUGAAAAAUGCAAUAUUCCUCCACAGAGGCAUAGUGUGGACAUCAGGGAAGACAUAGAGAGUGCAGAAUUGGCAAAAAAGUCCCCGUGGAGUGCGGUGGAAGUGUGAAAAAAUUGGGACGCAGAUGACAGUUUGAGAGAGUACAUCAAAAUAAACAGAUGUUUGGGAAGAUUUAGCAACUGGACAAAAAUCCAUCCUGCCAGGCAUUUGAGCUGAUAAAAUGCCAGGGAAUAGUGUGAGGAAAUAUCGGAGGGAUACAAGUGAGGUGAGCUGUUGCCUCAAGUACGUCAUCUUCAGCUGCAAUGUCUGCUUCUGGAUUCUGGGCUUGUGCAUCCUGGCUGUGGGAGUUUGGGCGUGGACUGAGAAGGACAUCUUCAACAAUGUGUCAAAGUUUGCCAAUAUCGCCCUCGAUCCGGCCUUCAUUCUCAUCUGCAUUGGGGCAAUAACCUUUGUGAUUGGAUUCACGGGAUGCGUGGGUGCUCUGAGGGAGAAUACCUGCCUCUUGGCAGCCUAUGCCAUCUUCCUCACAAUUCUGCUGUUGAUGGAAAUGAGCGUUGGGGUACUUGGGUUCAUUCUCAAGGACAAGGGUUGGAUUAAGGAACAGGCAACGGAGGGUCUGAGGGCUUUUAUCACGCAUUACCGCGAGGAUCCGGAUCAGCAGAAUCUCAUCGAUUGGAUCCAGGAAGAUUGGCUACAAUGCUGUGGCAUUGAAGGCCCAAAGGAUUGGGACAGCAACAACUACUUCAACUGUUCGUCCCAUGCAGUGGGGAGUCGUGAGGCGUGUGGUGUGCCCUUUUCGUGCUGCAAAAGGCGCCCCCAUGAACUCAUCAAAAACAAACAAUGUGGCUACGAUGUGAGGAAGGAGGGAUAUCCCGCUGAUAGGCACAUUUAUGAGAGGGGAUGCCUGAGAGCUGGCGAGGAUUGGCUGGAGGGAAAUCUCUUUACAGUUGCUGGUAUCUGUGUUUGCGUAAUGAUCGUGCAGAAUUUCGAUGUGUCAAAGAUAAUCAAUGAGAAAGGCUGCGUUCAGGCUGGUGAAGAAUGGAUGGAAAGGAAUUUGAUCAUGAUUGCAUCGAGUGCCAUAUUCCUAGCCUUCUUCCAGAUUUUGGGAAUCUGCUUCGCACAGAAUCUCCGUGCUGAUAUUUUUGCACAAAAAGCCAAAUGGCAUUGACAAUUGUCCGCCCCCGUCGCUGUUUAAGGAGUCACAAAAAUUCUUUCCAGGAUCUUCCAAGAAAAUUCUCACACAAUUUUCCUGUGAUUUCUCUUUUGAAUAUUUGCUGUUUUUUUUUUUUUUGAAAAAAAAAAGUGUGUUCCAUUGAUAAUACUCCAAGAUUUUUCCUACAUUCUAACUGCCUUCUAAAUGAAUGAAAAAAAGCUUCAGAAGAAAUCACAAUAGGAAUCCUGUUAGAAUUUCUUGAGAGGUUUCUUGGGAAAAGCAAUUUAAAUUUAAAAAAAAAGUAAUCAGACGGGGGCGGCAAAAGUAAAGACAAAUCUCCAAUGAUGUUCCCUUGACGAAAGAAUCUAGUGGAAAAUAUUAGGAUAAAGAAAUUAUGCUUUUAAUGGGCUUUUAUGGUGGGUCCAAAAGAGAAAAAAAGAAAUUGAAUGACAACUAUAUAUACGAGAUUGCUGUAAAAUACAAGAACAAAAAAAAAGACGCAUUAGUGUUAAUUUUAAAACUGACUAUAAGUAGUUCCCCGAAACAUUCUAAACAAAAAAAAGAAAAGUUAAUUAAAUAUGUAGAAAGACUUAUUUGUCGACUCUGAAGAAUACUCUGAAUUUCCUUUGUCGUUUUCAUAUCUGUAAUAAUUUUCUAAGGAAAUAGCGACAGCAGCUAAUUUAUCGUGAAAUAUUUACACUGUCUGACUCUGUAAUAAUGUGAUGUAUAAUAUUUUAUUUUUCAAACAAAUUCCAAGUAAAGUUUAUUUCUAUUUAAUUUUGAAAUCAA